CCUUUAUGGGGCUAUAAACCUCUGCUGGACUGGCAAUAGGGGUACACAGAUGGAAAGACAUUGGAUUACGUUAUACUGAAUUGGUAGAUGGAAGACCUAGAGUGGUGAAUGCUCUUCAAAAAUAGUGGAAGUGUUUGUAGGUUUGGAAUUGUCUUCUAUCCUUGCGUGAGUGUAAAGCGGAAUUAACGGAGGUCCCGCUUCCGUAUCUCACCAUCACUUGUGAGAUCCAUAUAAUGAAUUAUUUGAAGUGGAUAACUGCUGAUUGAUUCCAGGGGGAGCGCUUGUACAGGCAGAGUUCUCCUGCAAGAUUUGAUUGAUUUUUGGAACUUCUCAAGUGUACCCGCCUUGCCGCUAGUGCGUUUUAAGGUCGUUGCUGUCGUUGCUACGCACCUAUCAACCGAAGACCAUCCAUGUAGUUGUUGACGCCGAUGAUACCUGCGUUAAUGAAGAGUGAGAACGGUCGUUGUGGUGGACGUGCUAGAGAUACAGUGAUGGGACAUGUUGGCGACAGAUGCUAGGAGAUACAGCUGAUAGCAUCUCGCGCUGUUAUUGUUGUGUGGAUUUUGUAUCGGCGCUGUGACAUAUUGUUUCAUAUCAUCACGACUGGACUCUCAUUUACUGCUGGUCCACACAGAUGUGUACCUAUAACUGCCGUCUGUGGAAGUAUGCUGAAACCGAAUCUGUGAGUUGGCAUGUGGUGUUGUGAUAUCGGUAACAACAGGGGCAGAUCAAUGGGGAAAACAUGUUUCCAGCCACAUGGGACUCUGCCUAGCACAGGAGACAACCAAUCUGAUACACGAAUACCAUAUCUCUGACACUGGAUUGGACAUAGAAAGUAUCGACUCGGAUGCUCAUCGCUAGUUUAGUUAACUGUUUAGAACUGUUCGGACGUGAAAGAAUGUUCAGGGCAUUGGCCAGUGUGAUUAGAACUUCAGACACGGGAGGUAAUCCUUCACAGAUUCACAGACAUUCACACACAUGAACAGUCUUCUAGAUCACUCGCUCGUUGAAACCCUUGUUGUCGGAUAGUCAGGCGGCAACAAUUGAUAGAGGCCGAGUGAAUUCAUUCGGUGACUGAAUGGGACGAUAGAGAUCCACUAGCACGUCUUAGUAACUCCUGACCUCGUCAAUAUUUACGUCCCCACCACAGACGGUGUGUUAUGGUCACGGAGGGUUGGUCCCGUGUUCUAGGAGUGCUGGACACGUGGGUGUGAGGGUACCUAACGUCUACCGUCCCGGGGACUCAGGCAUGGAGGCCCGCAGUAAACUGCGGGAAUAUCUCUCCAAGGGGAACGUGAAACAGUUGAAUAAGUUGCUGAAGGACUUCCCUCCGCGAGCCGUCGCCCAGAGAGUCAACGAAGAACUUGAACCGAAUGGGACCACUCCUCUGAUUUUUUGUGCCAAAGCGUUGAAGGAGAGUGAUGGAGAUGAGGAGGAGGAUUACGUAGAGUGUUGUUUGGUUCUGAUUAAGAAUGGUGCCAACGUUAGGGCUAAGACUACGGAAGGGCACACAGCCCUCCAUUGGGCAGUCUCCUGUAGUACAUCUAACCUGGCUGCAAUACUACUGUCAGCAGGGGCAGACCCAAAACAAAAGGAUCAAAACGGGAUUAACGCCUUACAGGUGGCGAUUAAGGACGGUAGCGCUGAUAAUGUGAAAGUGAUACUCGACAAGCGGCCUCAGCUGGCCGAUGAGCGAGAUGAGUUUGGUAUGCCACCUGUCAUCCUUGCUCUGCAGCAGUACCAGGAGGACAUAGUGCGCCACCUGGUGGAGGCAGGAGCAGACGUCAACAUUCAAGAGGCGCGAAAUCUCAGAACACCUCUUCAUUAUGCACUGUACACCAAAAAGUUGAAGAUACUCGAGUUCCUAUUGGGCCACAACCCGGACCUGACGAAGACUGACCACCGAGGAACCACCAUAGUCCACCGCUCCAGUGCAAUACGUGACAAGCAGUACCUGGAGGCGGUGGUGAGGCUGAGCAAGUCUCCGCCAGGCACACUGUGGAGGAUGGCAGAUGAGGAGGGCAACACGGCCGUCAUGUUGGCGUGUCAGAACGACAACUACGACCAAUUAGUCAUCCUUCUCGAACAAGGGGCGACGGUAUCCGACCAUGACAAGUACGGACGAACAGCUUUACACCACUGCGUGGAGAAUACGGAUACAGAGUGUGCAGAGCUUCUUCUUAAAACGGAUACCUCGUUAUUAAACACGCCCGAUAAGGAAGGUCUGACUCCUCUGCAUAUGGCCGCCAUUACGGGAAAUAGCAACCUUCUACGUCUGCUCCUGAAAAAGGGCGCGAAUCUGACAUGUCGUGAUCAGGAAGGACACACAGUGGUACACUGGGCUACAGUAACGGGUCACACAGAGUGUCUGGAGAUCCUGAUCGAACACGACGCCGAUCUCUCCACCCCCCGACAAGCACAAAGCGUGCCCCAUCCACUAUGCUGCUCAGAUAGCUAGAGACGGCAGGGAGGACAGUACCCAGGUGCUCAGACUGCUACUUCAGCACCAGGUGCCAUACGACGUCACCGACAAAGAUGGCCGCCAACCACUGUUAUGGGCAGCUAGUGCAGGUAAUCCCCCUGCAUGUCAGAUUCUAGUCGAGGCUGGUGCCGACCCAAAUGUCAUAGACAACGAUGGACUGACAGCUCUACACUGUGCUGCCAGUCGCGGGCAUACGGCUUGUGUGGAGACGCUGCUGUCAAAGUGCAAAGCCAAAGUUGAUCCCGAGGACAGAAACAACUGCACACCGCUGUUCUACGCCAUCACCCUCGGCAACAUCGAUUGCAUGAAGAUGUUGGUGCAGCAUCACGCCGGCACAGCACACGUGGACAAUAAAGGCAGAUCUCCCGCUCAUUGUGCCGCCCUUAAAGGGUCCCAAGAAGCUCUCCGGCUCCUUCAAAAGAAUAAAGCGGAUCUGUGGUCGCCUAGCC